AUGUCUCAGUCUCAUCGUUUCCACGAUGAGCCUCCGUCUUCGGGAGCCUCCAACAACGUUCCCGGAGACUCGCAAUACACAUACUAUGAUGAUGGUUACGAGAACCCCUCCUCUACCACUAACAAUGAUAUGUACGGUGCCGAGUACACGUCCAACUACGACGACUCCAUUUCUGGCUCGUACGAAUAUCCCACCGGUGUUACAGAGCAGUACGAAGAUGACUACAGUAACAUAAACCGCGGAGCCCCUGGUCACAAUCAGUACCAAGGUUCCAAUAACUAUCACCCCGAGGAGUACGAAUCCGAGUACUCCGAAUACGAUGGAAAUGCCAACGAUACCAGCUACUACUAUCCUCCUCAGGAAAAUCAAUAUGAUAGUUAUGGACCCAGCACAGACUCCAUCGGUAGUCCAUAUAACAGCGGACCGUAUGACAACGGUCCGUACUCCAUCAGUCAAACCUCCUUCAUCAACCGUUCUUCUGCUACCACUCCCAUGGACCCGGAGGGUGCGUCGGUGUACGGCACGGGCGGGUCGAAUGCCCGUGAGCCCUAUCCUGCCUGGACGGUUGAAAACGGUGUGCCAUUGACGAAAGAGGAAAUCGAAGAUAUCUUCAUUGACCUCACAAAUAAGUUUGGAUUCCAAAGAGACUCCAUGCGUAACAUGUACGAUUCCUUCAUGACUGUCCUUGAUUCACGUGCCUCCCGUAUGUCGCCGGAGCAAGCACUGUUAACCUUGCAUGCCGACUACAUUGGCGGCGAUACUGCCAACUAUAAGAAGUGGUAUUUCGCUGCGCAAAUGGAUCGAGAGGAUGCUGUUGGUUUGGCUAACAUCGGCAUUUACGGUGGUAAGGUUACUGCCAUUAAGGAAAAAGGAAAGCUCUUUUCUCGGAAAAAGAAAAGUCCAAAGGUCGUAAAGCCUCCCAAAAAGUCUAAAUUCAAACGCAAAAAGAAAAAGGAUGAACCAGAAGACGAUGACGAGUAUAUCAACAUCGAUACUGAUGAUUCUCUUGAAGCUUCUGAAUGGCGUUGGGAGACACAAAUGCGUGCCCUCUCUCAUUUUGAGCGUGCUCAGCAGGUCGCCUUGUGGAUGUUGCUGUGGGGUGAAGCUAACAACUGUCGUUUUAUCCCCGAGCUGCUUGCAUUUUUGUUCAAGUGUGCUCACGACUACCUUGUUUCUCCCGAAUCUCAAAACCAAACUGAGAUGGCUCCUGAAGGCUACUACUUGGACAAUGUUAUUACGCCUUUGUAUCAAUACAUGCAUGACCAACAGUUUGAGAUUGUCGAUGGUAAAUACGUUCGUCGUGAACGUUCCCACGAUCAAGUAAUUGGUUAUGAUGAUAUUAAUCAAUUGUUCUGGCAUGCCGAAGGUAUCGCCCGUCUUAUCUUUGAUGAUGGAACGCGGUUGAUUGACAUUCCUGCUAGUGAAAGAUUCCACAAGCUUUGUGAUGUUCAGUGGAACAGAGCGUUCUACAAGACUUACUAUGAAACUCGUUCUUGGCUUCACUUAAUGACCAACUUCAACCGUAUCUGGAUUCUUCACUUUGCUGUCUUUUGGAUGUUUACCGCAUACAGUUCCCCUACUCUCUAUACGAAACCUUUCCACCAGGCUGAAGGACCGAAGCCCACUGGUGCCGCUCAAUGGGCUGCCUACUUAUAUGUUCCUCGAAGAUUCCCCGGUUCUCGACCUAUCUGGAAACGCAUUAUGUUCAUCAUCAUUAUCUUCAUUUUGAAUUUAAUUCCCAUUGUGUAUAUCUUCGGUUACUGUACGACUGAACAACAGCAUGGCGGUAGGGCUAUUACUAUCGGUGUGAUUGCUUUCCUCAUGUGUCUUGCUACACUGCUGUACUUCACAUUUGUGCCACCGAGUCAACUGUUUGGCAAAUGGGCUGUGAAGGAUUCUCGGAAUUACCUUGCGAACAAAUACUUCACCUCUAACUUUGCAACUCUUUCCUUCGAUAAUCAAUCCCUUUCCGUUAUCAUGUGGUUGUUUAUUUUCGGUGCUAAGUUCGCUGAGUCUUACAGUUACUUGACAUUGUCAAUUAAGGAUGCUAUUCGUGUCCUUAGUACAAUGAGACCAUACCUUUGCGCCAACAAGUAUCUUGGAGGUAUGAUUUGUUUCUAUCAGCCCAGAAUUACUUUGGUUAUUAUGUAUGCCACUGACUUGAUUCUUUUCUUCUUGGAUACGUAUUUGUGGUAUAUUAUCUUCAACACGGUCUUCUCCGUUAUGAGAUCGUUCGUGCUGGGUAUCUCUAUUCUUACGCCAUGGAGAAAUAUUUACAGUCGCAUGCCUCAACGUAUUUACAGCAAGGUUUUGGCUACCAAUGACAUGGAGAUUAAGUACAAACCGAAGAUUCUUAUUUCUCAAGUUUGGAAUGCUGUUGUAAUCUCAAUGUAUCGUGAGCACCUGCUUUCGAUUGAUCACGUUCAGCGCUUGCUGUACCAUCAAGUUCCUGCCGAGGAGGGUAAGCGUACACUUCGUGCUCCUACCUUUUUCGUUUCGCAGGAUGACCACACUGUACACACAGACUUCUUCCCCCCGAACUCUGAGGCUGAACGUCGUAUUUCUUUCUUUGCCCAAUCGUUAGCAACUCCUAUCCCUGAGCCUGUCCCAGUGGACAACAUGCCCACGUUUACUGUGUUUAUUCCUCAUUACGGUGAGAAGGUUUUGCUUUCCCUCCGUGAGAUUAUUCGUGAAGAGGAUCAACUCUCUCGUGUCACAUUGUUGGAGUACCUCAAGCAAUUGCAUCCUGUGGAAUGGGAUUGCUUCGUUAGAGACACUAAGAUUUUGGCUGAAGAGCAUGCUGCUUACGAUAACGAUACAAUGUCAGAGAAGGACGACUCCAUGAAGAGCAAGAUUGAUGAUCUCCCAUUCUAUUGUAUCGGUUUCAAAUCUGCUGUUCCUGAAUACACUCUCCGUACGCGUAUUUGGGCCUCUCUUCGCAGUCAAACGCUUUAUCGUACUGUCAGUGGUUUCAUGAAUUAUGCUCGUGCCAUCAAAUUGCUCUACCGUGUUGAGAAUCCUGAAGUCGUGAAAAUGUUCGGUGGAAACACUGACAGUUUGGAACGUGAAUUGGAUCGUAUGGCUCGCCGUAAGUUCAAAAUGGUUGUUUCCAUGCAACGUUAUGCCAAGUUCACUAAGGAGGAGUAUGAGAAUGCUGAGUUUAUGCUCCGUGCUUAUCCUGAUCUCCAAGUUGCAUAUUUAGAUGAGGAGCCUCCUUUGGAAGAAGGUGGAGAACCUCAAUUGUUUGCGGCUCUUAUUGAUGGCCAUUCUGAAAUUAUGGAAGACGGAAGACGUCGCCCCAAGUACAGAAUUCGUCUUUCUGGUAACCCUAUUCUUGGUGAUGGUAAAUCUGACAAUCAAAACAUGGCACUUCCCUUCUAUCGUGGUGAAUACUUGCAGUUGAUUGAUGCUAACCAAGACAAUUACCUUGAGGAGUGUCUUAAGAUUAGAAGUGUCCUUUCUGAAUUUGAGGAAAUGAAUAUGGGCAACACAAACCCUUAUGCCGAAUCUCGUAAAAAGCGCCCUGAGCCUCAUCCCGUUGCAAUUCUUGGUGCCCGUGAGUAUAUUUUCUCAGAGAACAUUGGUAUUCUUGGUGACGUUGCUGCUGGUAAGGAACAGACCUUCGGUACCCUUUUCGCUCGUACCCUUGCUCAGAUCGGUGGUAAGCUUCAUUAUGGUCAUCCAGAUUUCUUGAAUGCUACAUUCAUGACUACUCGUGGUGGUGUCUCUAAAGCACAGAAGGGUCUUCAUGUCAACGAGGAUAUUUAUGCCGGUAUGACAGCUAUGCUUCGUGGUGGACGAAUCAAGCAUUGUGAGUUCUUCCAAUGUGGUAAGGGUCGUGAUUUGGGUUUUGGUUCUAUUCUGAACUUCUCAACCAAGAUUGGUACUGGUAUGGGUGAGCAAAUGCUUUCUCGUGAGUAUUAUUAUCUUGGAACGCAAUUGCCUCUUGAUAGAUUCCUUUCCUUCUAUUUUGCACAUCCUGGUUUCCAUUUGAACAACAUGUUUAUUAUGUUGUCCGUUCAAUUGCUUAUGGUCGUUCUUCUUAACUUGGGUGCAAUGUAUCAUGUUGUCACUGUUUGUUAUUACAAUAAGAAUCAAAAGCUGGAGUACCCCGUGUCUAUUUGGCCCCCAGGAUGUUACCAAUUGGGACCCGUAUUGGCAUGGAUUAAACGUUGUGUCAUUUCCAUUUUCAUUGUGUUCUGGAUUGCGUUCAUUCCCUUGGUCGUCCACGAGUUGAUCGAGCGUGGUUUGUGGAGAGCAACGAAACGUUUCUUGAAACAAAUUGGCUCCUUGUCUCCUUUGUUCGAGGUGUUCACCUGUCAAAUCUACUCUCAAUCCAUUUUGACUGAUAUGUCAUUUGGUGGUGCUCGUUAUAUUGGUACCGGUCGUGGUUUUGCUACCGUGCGUCUUCCAUUUUCCAUCUUGUACUCUCGUUUCGCUGGCCCUUCCAUUUACCUUGGUGCUCGUUUCUUGAUGAUGCUGCUGUUCGGAUCGAUGACCGUCUGGGUUGUGCAUUUACUUUACUGGUGGCUUUCUAUUAUGGCUCUUGUUAUUAGUCCGUUUAUGUUUAAUCCUCAUCAAUUCGACUGGAAUGACUUCUUUGUCGACUACCGUGAAUUUAUUCGUUGGUUGUCUCGUGGUAACUCGAGAGCCCAUGGAAAUUCUUGGAUUGGUUACUGUCGUCUGACAAGAACUCGUAUCACUGGUUACAAGCGUCGUGUUAUCGGUCAACCCAGUGACAAGGUGUCUAUGGAUACGCCUCGUGCUCGUUUCUCGGACGUUUUCUUCAGUGAAAUUCUUGGACCUUUGUGCCUUGCUGUUUCUUGCGUUCUUCCAUACCUGUUUAUGAACUCUAUGCCUGGUAAUCCUGACUAUAUGAACUCUGAUGACCCGUCGGAUCCCAUUGUUCGUAGCAAGAAGACCGGAACAGAUUGUAUUGCACGUAUCAUCGUUAUCAUCAUUGUCCCUAUUGCGUUCAGUUUCGGUAUCGCUGGAAUGUUCGGUGGUAUGGCCUGUAUCUUGGGUCCUGUGCUUAAUUUGUGUUGCAAGCGUUUCGGUGCCGUUCUUGCCGCCAUUGCCCAUGCUAUACAAAUUAUCAUUUACAUUGUCAUCUUUGAAGUUUGCUGGUUCUUAGAAGGCUGGUCCUUACCCAAGACUGUUUUGGCGUUCUGUGCUGUUGUCUCAGUGGACAGACUUAUCAUCAAGGUCAUGACAUUGCUCUUCCUUUCCCGUGAAACGAAAUCGGAUAUCUCUAAUCUGUCAUGGUGGACAGGCCGUUGUACGGUAAGAGUCUCGGAUAUCAUAUGUUCACGCUUCCCCUGGCGUGAACUGGUGUGUAAGGCCAUUGAAAUGAACCUUUUUGCUACUGAUUUCUUCUUGGGUCAUUUACUGUUGUAUUUGAUGCUCCCAAUCCUUUGGAUUCCAUACGUUGAUCGUUGGCAUUCAGUGAUUUUGUUCUGGCUUCGUCCAAGUCGGCAAAUUCGUCCUCCAAUUUUCUCUACCAAGCAAAGCCGUUUGAGAAAGCGUAUUGUCCGUCGCUAUUCUGCUUUGUACUUCAUUAUCCUUAUCAUUUUACUGUUUCUCUUUGUUAUCCCUCUUGCUGUUGGAAAGAAAUCACUUGUCAUGAAGAACCCUACUGGUACCCUCAAAUCUUUAAUUCAACCCAGUGAUGUGAACUACACUGCCAACUACUCUACAAUCUACAACGGUAUUAAGUUCAACACAACAUACUAG